AUGAACAAUGAACCUCAAGCCCUUGCCACUAACAAUACUUGGUAUCUAACAGCAUUACCGAAGGAGAAGGUUGCUACUGGUUGUCAAAGGGUAUAUCGUAUCAAACAUAAAUCUGACGGCACUGUGGAAUGCUAUAAUGCUCGCCUUGUGGUCAAAGGCUACACUCAACAAGCAGGGGUAAACUUUCUUGAUACUUUUUCUCCUGUCGCUAAAUUUCACAUCAAAGAGUUACGCAAUCUCAAGUACUUUCUUGGUCUUCAAGUUUUGCACACCAACAAAGGAAUUCACCUAAGUCAACGCAUGUAUGCCUUAGAUAUUUUGGCCAGAUAUUCUGGCUGA